AUGGUUGAAGAAAGAGUUGAGUUCAGUCUCAAUGUUUCUAAAGGUGAAUCAAAAAGCCGACAAAUCUCAAAGCCGACAUACUCAUUAGAUAUAUUUAGGUUAGAUGUUUCUGCUAUACUUCGAGAUCAUUUAAAUCCUCUAAGUCAGAUUAUGAAUGUAUCAACCAUGUUUGAAAAAUCAAUAUUUAUAAACUGCGAACAUUUCUUCGCACAAAACCAAUAUUUGCUAUGGUUUUACUUGCAUGGAAUCACCUCCUCUUUCUCUUAUUUCACUUUUGAAAACCUUAACCAGAUAACAAGAACUCUAAUACCUCAAGUCAAACAGUUAUUCGACGUCUCCGAUGAUUUUGUUGGACUUGAAGAACCAGUGAAUAAUGAAUACCGAGAGAGGAUUAUUCCAGUGAUUUUAAAUAUUUUUGUGGAUGUGUAUCCAUGUGAAGAAAGAAGAAAUCAAGAGAUGAUACAAGAGUCUAUGCAAUUUGUCAAAAUGAUUCCUGCAUCCAAUGAAGUUAUAUCGUCUUUGAAAGUCUAUUCACUUCCUCGGAAUUGUUCCAUAUGCUUGGAGAGGUUUCAUGAUGAUUCAAAAGAAGAUGGUGUUAGUGAUGACGUGAAAGUUUCAACAAUGGAAUGUGGUCAUAUGUUUCACUAUAAUUGUAUUGUAAAGUGGCUACAAACAAGUCAUGUGUGUCCCUUGUGUCGUCAUGCUAUGCCUACUUGAACUUUGAGUAUUUUAUUACUCUUAGUUGAUAUAUUUUAAAGUAAUUUUCUUCUUUU